CCCAGCCGCCGCCAUGAAGCUGACGGACAGCGUGCUGCGGAGCUUCCGCGUGGCCAAGGUGUUCCGCGAGAACUCGGACAAGAUCAACUGCUUCGACUUCAGCCCCAACGGCGAGACGGUCAUCUCGAGCAGCGACGACGACUCCAUCGUGCUCUACGACUGCCAGGAGGGCAAACCAAAGAGAACCCUGUACAGUAAGAAAUAUGGUGUGGAUCUCAUCAGAUAUACCCAUGCAGCAAACACCGUUGUUUACAGCUCUAACAAAAUAGAUGAUACUAUUCGUUACCUGUCCUUACAUGACAACAAAUAUAUUCGAUAUUUUCCUGGACAUAGCAAAAGAGUGGUGGCCUUGUCCAUGUCACCGGUGGAUGACACUUUCAUUUCUGGGUCUCUUGAUAAGACCAUUCGGCUCUGGGAUCUCCGAUCUCCUAACUGCCAGGGCCUCAUGCAUCUACAGGGCAAGCCAGUUUGUUCUUUUGAUCCAGAAGGGCUAAUUUUUGCUGCGGGCGUCAAUUCUGAAAUGGUCAAACUUUAUGAUCUUCGCUCUUUUGAUAAGGGGCCAUUUGCGACCUUUAAGAUGCAGUAUGAUCGGACCUGUGAGUGGACAGGACUUAAGUUCAGCAAUGAUGGCAAACUCAUCCUCAUCUCUACCAACGGCAGCUUUAUCCGGCUUAUCGAUGCUUUCAAGGGAGUAGUGAUGCACACAUUUGGGGGUUAUGCCAACAGUAAAGCUGUCACCCUGGAGGCCUCCUUUACUCCAGACUCCCAGUUUAUUAUGAUUGGUUCAGAGGAUGGCAAGAUCCAUGUCUGGAAUGGAGAGAGUGGCAUAAAAGUUGCUGUGUUAGAUGGCAAACACACAGGCCCCAUUACCUGUUUGCAGUUUAACCCCAAGUUCAUGACCUUUGCCAGCGCAUGUUCCAACAUGGCCUUCUGGUUGCCCACUAUUGAUGACUGACCUUGAUGCUACCCAGCUGUGAGGGUGGCCAGCAGGGAAAGACUCAGAGAGAACUGAGAUAUUAAAAGUGGGACAAAUCAUUUGACUGGGCUGGAGAGCAUCCUUCCACAUGAACUUCCUAUGGAUAUGCUGGACAUCUACUCCGAAGAAAAGUACUUAUUUUGCCGGGCUACUUCAGAAGGACUCUUGGUGCAGCACACUCAAUCGGGACACAGAUUUUCAGCUGCCGUUACACCAAGUUCUCCAGAGAAGUGACCAGGUUCAUGCUUAGGCUGUAGUGGGGCCCUCAAGAUGCCUUUCAUUUUGAAUGUAUUUGCUGCUGAGGAGCUGGUUAAUUCUGCACAUCUUUUCCCCACCCCCAUAAAUGCAUGGGAAGCCUCAGUUCUGAUUUUGAGAUUCUAGGGCUGUUCAGCACCCCUUGCCCUCACUUUGCAUGUCUUGUUACUGGGUUUUCUUAUUGUUCCACAAUCAUCUACAAUGUUGUUUAGGUGCCAAACAUUUAUAGAAAAUAAGUUUUUAUAUAUCCUGGGGUCAUAGAAGGAGACACAAGAGGAUCUUACCAAAAAGCCUUUCAAAUCAAGUCCUAAGAAUGGUGAUCUGGGCAUGCCUUGGACUCUGGGUGUUCAGUGGGAAAAGGCCCACAACCCUGAGGGAGGGAGGGAGAACAAAUAAGAUCCUAAGAUUAAAGGGUAGCAGCAGCCUGAUAUGGUCCCCCAUUAUCAAGACAAACCCACAGUCCUUCUGGUAUCUACCAAGCUUGGUCAUGUAUGAAGGCGAGGUGGGAAUAUAUUUUGUACAAGAGAAACAUCAUGCUUUUCUGUGGGCCAGUAUUGUGAAGUGAGUCUUGAGUUUACACUGAUGCUUUCCAUGCUCACCACGAAAUGUGUACAUAGACUCCGGGUGAUACCAAUCUUUCCUCCAGCUCUCAACUGAGAGCUGGCUCUAGGCCUGUGUUAUAUGUUAUAUUUAGUCUUUUUAUAUAUGACCUGAGAUAUCUGUUUGUAAUUUAGCAGUGUGUAGACCUCCAUUUAAAUCUUAUCAGUGUAUGUGCGUGCACACAUGGGUGUAUGCAUACAUAUAUAGAUUUAUAUAUAUAAAAUACUUGUUUUGAAAAUUCAGCCGGAGAAGAUAGGGGAAAGACUUGCAUUCUUGCUGAUAGUGUUUGCCACCAGUGUUAGUCUUCCCUGUGACCUUUGUUCCCUUCGGGAGACUGGAUGAAGCAAAGCUUCAAGUGUUUGCUGUUCCUGUAGCAGCUGGUUGAGGGUCCGAAGAAUAUUCUUCAAGCCGCACUUUGGGGCACUCUCUGCAGUAUUACCCCCUUUCUGUCCAAUGAUGCUCACUCUGCUCUUCUCCUCCAUGUGUGGCAGUUAUUUUUGCAUGCAUUUUGUGUCUGAGUUGCAGCAUUUGGAGACAGAAUGCUAGAUCCAAGCAUUUUCACUUUGCCAAUUACAGUUUAUUCUGCCC